UGUCUCGUUCACUAUAUAAAGACGCAAACACGAAAUUAGACGCAUUAUACUUUAUCGGACACAAGCUAAAUAUUGAGAAAAUAAUGGGACUCUGUUUUUGUUUUCUUGGUAAAGUAGGUUCUCUUUCAAGAGAGGGAUCUUAUGUAACUAUAACUCAUCAAACACUAGAUCGUAAAGAAACAUAUAAUGACUUGACAACUUAUCUUAAUGAAAGCCAUGAAGAGGCUGAUAAACUUCAGCAGAAUUUUGCAAACAAAGUGAUACAAAGUCCCCGAAUGAAUAAUGCUGUCAGAAAGAAAGUUGAAAAAGAAUUAAGAAAGUCAAAAGAGGCCAAACCUCUGUCAGAAAAGAAGGCAGAGCAAAUAGUCAAUGAUAUACAAAAGGAAAACAAUUGGUUAAAAAGUUCCCGAGAAAUUGUCACAGAUGUAAUCACCAAGCUUAAUGACGCCCGUGAAGAUUAUCCUUCUUUUAUAGAUAAACAUCCCAAUUACAAGAAACUAAUUGAUAAGCUUAAAACAGAUGCUAUGACUUUGAUAGAAAGUAGAAUAAAACAAAUUAUAAACCAACCAAGUUGUGCAUUCGUAGCAACAGAAAGUUCUGAUGACAGCGAGCGAAACAAACGGGCCAAGUAAUCAUGCGAAGAGUAGUAAUGAUUCUAAGCACAGUUUAGAAUGCGUAAGCGAAAACGAAUCAAAUUAUGGUGUUGAAACUGUUGAGAAAUCUGAUCGUUAUCACAAGCAGGUGCACGCUUAUAAGUUGCUUUAUGAAUGUACAUUAAUAUUGAAAGCAGUACGCGACGAUUUUUCCAAAAUAUACUCAAUAAUAGAGGGUAUAAUGUGCCAGGCAAAAAUAUAAAAGUUAUAUUAGAGGUAAACAAUAUUGUGUAUUAUGUAUUUACAAUUGUAUGAACAUGAUAAAUAAAGGCAACAGUUGUA